GAAGUUUUGAACGCAAUCUUUCAUUGUCGCAAAUGCGGGAACCAGAAAAGCAUUGCUAAGGCCAGGUGCAACGUUCCUAUAACAAUAAAUGAUGGGGAUAAUGAGAUCCAAACUGUACUCUUUGGAGCAAUGGGAGAGGACUUGCUCGUCAUGGAUAUACAAGAAAUCAUUGAAAAAGAAGCCCAGGUAUAUUCAUUGCAUUCAAGAAAAUACCUCAAUACAAAACCCACACCAUUACACUGUUUUCAUGCAGGAAGAAGGAAUCAAUGUGAAGGCAAAAAAUGAGGUGAUCCACGGUGUCUAUUUUCGAAUCAAAGUGGGUUACAGAAAGACUAAGUUCCACGGUGAAACAAAAACAGCGUACACAAUCCUUUGCAUGGAAGAAAUUGAAGACACCUCAACCACCGAACACAGUGUCAUGCCAAAUACACCCACAUCCUCUUCAUUGAAGCGAAAGUUCAGCACCCCUACCAAAACUUCAGGAAUUCCCGAAGAAGUGAUACACACACCACCAACUCCAGCGAACAAAGAUGGAAAACUUAAAUCCAUCCGCAUUGAAUGAAGAUUCUGCAAGGAGAAAGGACUUUUUAUUAUGUU